UUCUUUUCCCUGGUUCAGCCUGAACUAUAUACCAGGCCCUGCUGAAAAUACCACCCAACAGUUUUCUUCUGCAGCUUAUCCAGUUUCUCUUAAGUGCCCUGUACAUAUUGUAUGUUUUAUGAUGAGAUGCAGUUUCUUAAUAUGUAUUACAGAAAUACUACUGGUAUUUGCAAAUAUGUAGUUUAAUUGUAUUAUUGAACUCUCAUUUUGGGGGCUUGGGCACAUUAACAGAUUAAUCCAUCUGUAUAGGGCUUUUGCUGUUGGAUAGAAUUUAAAUUGUCUACAUAAAAGUAUGUCUUAGGACCUUUAGAUUUUUAUCUGAAUACACAGAUUAGGCUUUAAAACACACAUACAUACGGUUUUGGGCUUAAGGAGUUUUGGAUAAGUUAGCUAUUGAUCUGACACCACCAUAGCAACAUUUUUUGAUAUGGUUAGCAUGGCACAUGUUGGAACCUAAAGCCUUUUACUGUACAGGUAAGGAAUGUGCCAUGUUGUUUUACCUAUUCUCUCUCUGUCUCUCUCCCCCACUCCCUCCCCCCCACACACAUCCCCUGUGUAUUCAGAGACCAUCAGAAACAUAUAGUCAUUUUCGUGAGUCAGCAAAAGCCCUACUCUUGAUUCCAACAGAAUAUUUCCUUUACAUACUUUUCUUCUUUUAAUUUUUACAAAAUUUGUAUGGUAGGUGUAAAAAUCAUAGUAACUGUGCCAUAUUAUUAACCCCUAAAUCAAACUUUUUUUGUCUUGUGUAUCUUGAUUUUUCUGUGUGCUUUAUAGUGAAGCGGCCGACACGAGUCGUUGUUCAUAAAACAGCUUUUGAAAGUUGAGAGCACACCCCUGGAGAACCGACUGUGCUUGCUUACGUUUGGUUCAUGACUUAAAAAUCGAGUACAGGAGUUAUUCCUGAUGAGACUAAGGCUUUGUCUCUGUUGGCACCAGCUAAUGCAGUGGCAGGCCUUCUGCCUGGUGGUGGACUCCUGCCUACCCCCAACCCACUUACUCAGAUUGGCGCUGUUCCGUUGGCGGCUUUGGGAGCUCCGACUCUCGACCCUGCCCUUGCUGCUCUUGGGCUUCCUGGAACAAACUUGAACUCCCAGUCUCUUGCCGCAGAUCAGUUGCUGAAACUUAUGAGUACUGUUGAUCCCAAGUUGAAUCAUGUCGCUGCAGGUCUUGUCUCACCAAGUCUAAAGUCAGACACCUCUAGUAAAGAAAUAGAGGAAGCCAUGAAGAGAGUGCGUGAGGCCCAGUCCUUGAUUUCUGCCGCUAUUGAGCCAGAUAAGAAGGAAGAAAAGAGGAGACAUUCAAGAUCGAGGUCACGCUCUAGAAGGAGGAGGACCCCCUCGUCUUCUAGACACAGGCGAUCAAGAAGCAGGUCAAGAAGGCGUUCCCACUCUAAGUCCAGGAGUAGACGGAGAUCCAAAAGUCCAAGGCGGAGAAGAUCUCAUUCCCGAGAGAGAGGUAGAAGGUCAAGAAGCACAUCAAAAAACAGAGAUAAAAAGAAAGAAGAUAAGGAAAAGAAACGUUCCAAAACUCCACCAAAAAGUUAUAGCACAGCCAGACGGUCUAGAAGUGCAAGCAGAGAGCGACGACGACGACGAAGCAGGAGUGGAACCAGAUCUCCUAAAAAGCCCAGGUCUCCUAAAAGAAAACUGUCCCGCUCACCAUCCCCAAGGAGACACAAAAAGGAGAAGAAGAAGGACAAGGAGCGAAGCCGAGACGAGCGGGAGCGCUCUACCAGUAAGAGGAAGAGGGGCCGGGACAAGGACAAGGAGCGGGAGCGCAAGUCGGACAGCGACAAGGACAUCAAACAGGUGACUCGGGAUUACGAUGAAGAGGAGCAGGGCUACGACAGCGAGAAGGAGAAGAAGGAGGAGAAGCAGCCGGCGGAAGCAGUGUCCCCUAAAGCGAAGGAGUGUUCUGUGGAGAAGGGGGCCGGCGAUGGCCUGCGGGAGUCGAAAGUGAAUGGGGAUGACCAUCACGAAGAAGACAUGGACAUGAGCGACUGAGUGGCCGCGGAGGCCGUGUCCUGCCCAUGUGAUUCCUAACGCUGUGUGUUCCUCUCCCCUAGGUGGAUACAGCUGCGAGUCGCCCAUGGCUGCCAAGCCUUCCCGGUAGUGAGAUCUAGCCCUUUAUAUGUCAGCAAGCUUUUAGAAAGUGGUACCUGGGUGUCCAGAACUGCCAUGGUGACAUCCAUCUGAGAGACCAAGCAGCUGUACGACUCUGCUGCUCUGUGACAGACGAGCAGCUGCAUGCUCCAGCAGGCAUGGACUGUUUCUGUUGUAUGACCUCCUCAUUCAGUAUGUUCAUGUAGAGUAUCUUAGAAUUUGAGUCCUUGCCGUGAUAGAGCCAUGUAGGGAAUGCACUGAUUGCAUGUUACUGUGGCAAGAGUACCCCAAAUGUCAUCCAAACCCUCCAACACGGUGAUUUAUUUAUGGUCUUGGUUGGUAAGACAGACUAACGUUCUUAGA